AUGGGGAAAUCUUCGUACAGAGACACCAUCAAUGGGUUGUCAGAGACUCCCAUCAACAGAGGAGAUCUUAUAAAAACCGUUCGUCUCACCAUCCCAUCGUCGGAAAUCCCCCACGAUUCAGAAUUCUUGAAACUUUCCAAACAACAACAACUCCAAGCCGACCCGCAAAGAUACUUCCAUACCAAACUCUCUGGAGAAUCCGGGACUUUAGAAGUCCUUAAUCCUGCCAUACCUUUCAAUGGCUUAUCAUGGUCGAUCAUCAAUAAUUCCACGUCUUUGGUGUUAUCGCCAUUGCUAAUCAAUGAUUGUACCGUGCCAGUUAACGCAUUACAAAUCGAUUUCCCAGAAAAAAUCAAGCAGAAUUGUCAUAUCUUUAGAAUCACCGCUACUAACUUGCUCGUGGUUGACUUGAUCACCGAAAGUGGCAUCUUGGCCACUUUGUGCUUCGACGUCACCGUGGAUUUCGCAUCCUCGACGAAAAACAACCUUUGUAACGUUGAAAACUGGUGUUAUGUGUCUGAUCCUUACGAUUUCCAAGUGAGAACCCCUCAUUACUUGCAUUCAAUUGAUGAACUCUCGUUCUUGGUGUUCCUCCAAGACGGAGGGAUCGUCAAGUGUGGUAGAGACGCCGUCAAAUCAGAAGUCACGGUGUUUUUGUUUUCUGAUACUUCGUACGUCUCUUCGAAACUUGGGAAAUUCGGGAGGUUUUUACCAACCAUCGCGAGAAAUAACUCGUACGAUGAAGAUGAAACUAAUUACAAUAUCCCCGCAGGCCAUACUUUGAAAACCGUGUUGGAUUCGUUUGUUGUCAAUCACGAGUACUUGGUCACCAUCACCUUGAAUAGAAAAUUGAAAGUAUGGUCGUUAUCUAGCGGCACGUUAUUGAACCAAACGAAAAUCGAUACCGAUUCUGUGGAAUUAGGCCAUAAAUUGAUUGGCGAUGGCAGCCCAAUUAGCCUUUUAAGCGUGAUGGGUGCCACCACCCAAGAUAAAAAUGUCACGGUUCCAAAAACCGCCACGGAAGUACAUUUCAUGAAUUAUUUACCUAUCGGUACAGGGCAAUUCAAACUUUGGAAGUUAUUGAUCAAUGGUACCAAUCAAUUGGUAGAUUUAGGACCACAAUUCCAAUACCUCCCAUUGAUUUCCCAUAGUAAAUCGGUAUGGCUUGUGAAACAAUUCAAAAUCAUGGAUAAAUCGUGCUUGAAUUUGGACAAGCUUUUCUAUCCUAAUCAAGAAAUUUGGAUGAACAUCAUGGUGUUAUUGAAAAGUAAUACUUCGUCAGUUUACCAAGUGUUAACGAUCUUUAAAAAUGGUGAUUUUAAUUGGGUGAAAUCUAAACUCACAGCAACGUUGCCCGAGGUUAUCGAUCCAAAACAGGAUCCUUCAGAAUACUAUAUCAAUAAAAUCUUGGACUCAAAUGUGUAUUCACCGUUAAUAAUCGAAACCGCGUUGGCGUUUUUCGAAGCGAAAUAUAAUAACAAUGCCAAUAAUAACAAUAAUAAUAAUAUCCCAGAGGAUUUGCCGAUAAAAGAAAAGGUAACGAUGAUCAUUAGUCAAAAUGUCAAAUUGGUCAGCUCCCCAAAAAAUUACACUAAAGAUAUCACGAAACUCUGGCUGAAUUUCGAAUCAUUAUGCCAAGAAUGUUUGAAGAUUUGUCACGAAUCCUUAUCAUUGAGUUUCAUUCUGUCGCAAAAUAUGGUUGUAGUCAAUAAAGUAUUAGAUUUUUCUAUAGUUCGGACCAAUGACGCCGCAGAAUUAUUAUAUUUCAACAAACAUAAACAAGUUUCUCAAUUACCAUUGUUAUCGACCCCCAACGACCCAGAAUCACAAUAUAAAAAAAUCAGUGGGAUCGACAACGAUAACAGUAUCUUGAAAUUCUUGGACAUUAUCACGAAUUUCAAAAAUUCUUUACCAUCCAGCAUUUUAGGCGAUUUCAAGAGUUUGCUUUUAGAAAAUUUCCAGGGGUCGGUUAUCGAACAAUCCGAAUAUAUUUUUGAUAGAUCUUUGAAGGGGAAGAUUUCUGAAGACUCCUUGCAAGGGUUGAUGAACGAUUUGAAUUCAGUUGAUGUGGCGUUCAAAAUCAUUGGUUAUUUGUGCGAUUACCCAUCUUCCAAAGACUACCAACAGUAUAUGGUGAAUAAUUCGGAAUAUUUGCAACAAAUCACUUUGCAAAAACCAUCGAGAAUCGUUCCUGGUUUACUAAUCAUGGGGAGUUUCAAACAAACCCUUGAAAUCAUGGAAACCCUUUAUUUUGACUUAUUGUUGAUGACCAUGAUCUUGAAAUUCGAUGAACAAACCUCGAGUUUGAUUUUGACUAAAACAUUGACGUCAUUUAAAAAGAUCCGGUUAGCACUCAAGACAUUGUCUACAAAAUUCAAUGGGGACUCACAUGGUUUGAAUAUUGAGAAUAUCGGUAAUACUUAUGAUUCAUUAUUUCACCGAGUGGUGGUGAAGCAUUUCCAGCUCGCACAUGCCACUAAUAAGAGAUUAUUAUCGUUUGUUGUCGAUGAUAAGUUUUUAUACGGGGUGUUGAAUGAAUUAUCGAUCACCAACAAUUCAGAAAUUAUCUUGAACAGUUUUACCGGUUACGAAACUCAUAAGGAGUCGGCAGUUUUCCAACUAUACCAAUGCUUGACGUAUUUGAACGCCAACCAACCGGCAAAAGCGAUGAGAAUUUUGUUGGCCAACCUGGCCAAGAUUGUCAAGUACCAACCAUCCACCGAGGAAAAGAAAUUCAUCGAUGUCAUUGGUGAUUUUCUCGAAAUUUCCAAAUUAUCACAAUUCUAUUACACUAUAGCCAGAGUGUUUAAUGAACUUUAUCAUUAUUCUUACGCCCUCAGUUUGGUGAAAUUGGCAAUUAAGGAAUUUGAAACCCACGAAAUCGAGGAAGAUAAUCCCCAUGUUACCAAGCGACAAUACUAUUCAUUAUAUUUCCAAAUCGCGUUGGGAUUGCAGAAUUUCCAUGAAGCGUUUAUGGCCCUUCAACAACUCGACACCAAUUCGCAAAAUUACUCCGAUUUCAAAGAGGCCAAUAAUCUUAGGUACGCCGAUUUGAAACAAUUUGUUGACAGUAUUAUUGUAUCGAACGAUUUGAAAAACUUGAUCACUUAUCCAUUUAGUCCUGGGGAUAUGACCAAGGUUGACGAGAUCUUGUAUGAUAAUGCCGACUCUAUCAAUUUUAAUUUCCCAUUGUCCGCUUCGUUGACGGUGAUCAAUACCAGUCUUGCCACGGGACUCAAGCAUUUCAAGACGGUGUAUUCUUGGAGAUUGAACAAUGGUGAUGUGAGAGGGGCGUGUGAAGCGUUGUACCAAUACAUCACCAAGUAUCAAUACUUGGUGGGCCAUCCAAAACGCGGGAAAUCGGUGGUGGAUAUGGUGUGUUAUAAGAAGUACCACGAGGUGAUGAUAAAACAAAAGUCAGUGAUGAAGGAUCUUUAUUUGAAUAUUAUGAGUUUGUUGAAUACCAUGACGAUGGAUGAUGAGAAGUGGGUGAUGAAGGAGAACCAUGAAUUUGGUGACGAUAAGAAGGUGAAGAACCGGUAUGUGGUGGUGAUGGUGGAUGAGUUGGUUGCAGAGUGUGAGAAUUUGCAAUAA